AUGGCAAUGCGUAGUUAUUUUCUUAAUGACAAUCAACAUGAUAACGAUGUAACUAUUGUAAAUUCUUCGUUGACGUCUGAUUAUGCUUGUGUUUCAAUAAAUCCUGAUAUACCUACUCCAAAUACUAAUGGUAAUCGUGAUUAUUUUUUUGUUGAACAUGAUUUACAGGAAAAAAUUAAGCAAAUUGAACAAAUUUUAAGUUAUUAUCGACAAGACCUUAAACAAAAUACUAAUACACAAUUAGAUUGUAAUCGAAAUUUAAUAAUACGUCUUGUUGAUUUAAUUCGACCAGUAUAUUCUUCAAAUCAAAAAAAGAUUAAAGAUUUAGAUAUAUUAUUUAACGAAAUAUCAGACUUACAUGAUAAAAGAUUUAUUGAACAAAAAGAAAAAAAUGAACAAAUUCAGAAAGAAAAUUCACAUUUGAAAAACUUAAUAGUAACAUCAGCCAAUGAAGAUAAUACUCAAAGAAAAAUUUCGCAAAUAAAUUCAAUGGUUGACUAUGAGGAAUUGAUGGAAAUAGAAGAGGACAUAAGAAGACUUUGCAGUGUAGUUGAACGUCAACAAAAUCAAAUCAAUGAACUUAUCAAACUUAUACCAUACCAAGGUAAGUAUCAAAAUAUAUAA